CAAGCACCACUGCACCGCACCCGCUCUUGCAGCGCACCAGAAGCCCCUGCAUCAUACAUCCCUCAUCUGGGGAGUACACACAGCCUCGAUGCCAAAGCAUGCUUUACCUCCGACUCGCGAAAAGCCGAGCGCAGAUCCCAGCGUCUGCGGUUCAUCAUCAAUCGCCAAGCCGGUUGUCCUACCGAACGAAGUUCUGCUCAGAUCUAAGAUCGCGCAACUGCAGCUUGAAAGGGCCAAGCAGCAGCGCAAAGGCAAGAACGGCAAUGGCGCUGCCGCGGCCCCUACCCCUUCCUCCCCCUUGAGGGCGAGGGGACAGCAGGCGGUGGCGGUGGCGGCGGCGGCAGCAGCAGCGGCGGCGGUUGGGGCCACGUCUUCGUCCUCCACCAAUGCCGCUCAUGGCAGCGGCAGACAAGCUUGUAAGGCAACGUCGAAGCACCGGCUUGCUUACCCUCAGGCUGGCCAGAGUCGGCCGCAGAAUGGCCAGGCAGCGGCGGCGGCAGCAUCGGGGGUUAAGGGAAAGCCUGGCGGUGCGGAAGGGAGAGGAGAGAGAGAUGCGGCAUGCGUGGAAAGCGAAGAAGAAGUGAUGCGACGAUUCGAGGCGCAGGUGACAGGAUUUGUUUUCUUCUCUCUCCAAGCGUCGCGAGAGACUGUUCAGCAGGCCUUAAGGUUUUGCUUCGCCAGAUUAUAG